UCAACAGCACACCACACCACAGAAGCAUACCACAGAAGAAAAGUUGAUUGCAACUUCCUGGGGGCGUGUUCAUUUCACACGUGAUCGAUAUAAUCCAUUGUAUACGGUUGCGUAUUUGUCUUGAGGUCUUGUCCUGUUGAAUGCGUGUCUGAGAUUAAACGCACAAUAUGGCGGAGGCAGACCGACCAGGGAAACUCUUUAUUGGUGGGCUAAAUACUGAGACCACCGAGAAGGCUCUUGAACAGUACUUCAGCAAAUAUGGCAGGAUAAUGGAAGUUCUCUUAAUGAAAGAUCGUGAAACAAACAAGUCCAGAGGUUUUGCAUUUGUGACUUACGAAAAUCCAGGAGAUGCCAAGGAUGCUGCCCGGGAAAUGAAUGGAAAGACCCUGGAUGGUAAGUCCAUCAAAGUAGAACAAGCAACAAAGCCACAGUUUGAAUCUGCUGGACGCCGUGGUCCACCAUCUUUGCAUCCACGAAGCCGUGGUCUACCAAGAGGCCCUCGCGGUUCUAGAGGAGCACCAAGCGGAAUGAGGGGUCCACCCAGCAGAGAACCCUUUUUCAAAGGUGCGUCAUCCAGAGGCCCACCUCCGUUGAAAAGAGGACCUCCAAUGCGCAGUGAAGGGCCACCACCUAAGAGACAGGCCCCGUCUGGACCCAUCGGCAGGCCUCCCAUGUCCCGUGACCGAGACCCUUAUGGACCACCCCCACCCCGUCGGGAUUCUAUGAUGUCACGGCGGGACGACUACCCCUCGCCACGGGAUGACCAUUAUUCUUCAAAAGACAGUUACUCCAGUCGGGACUACAUGAGCUCAAGGGACAGCAGAGACUAUGCUCCCCCUCCCCGUGACUAUGCUCCACCACCUCGUGAUUAUCGCGACUAUCCCCAUUCCAGCUCCAGAGAUGAAUAUGGGUCCAUGUCUAGAGGCUACAGCGAUCGUGAUGGUUAUGGCGGCGGACGAGAGCCCAGGAGUUAUGUUGAUCGACCAAGUACAGGUUCCUACAGAGACCCCUAUGAUGGUUACGUGUUUAAGGAUCCUCCACCAAAAAGUCAAAACUUUGAUGGCUUGCAACGACUUACCCAAAGACAACAGCCAAAAUGCAAGAACCUUUCCGCACCACAGAUAAAGUCUCAACGGGAUGGUAAGCAAAGCAAACCUUCUUGUUUCUCGUUAAUGGAAUUAGCUGAGGAAAGUAAACAUGAGGUACAACCCAAAGGUUGGUAUGAGUGGCGUCAAUUGUUACCCCCUUUUGCUCUGCAGGGGCAGUCUGGCGUGCCUUCCAUUCUCCAUUCUGAAAUUAUACUGUUAAGAGAUCAACCUCAGGAAAUUGAUAGUUUCAGCAAAAACUCCUUCCUUGCAACAAGUUGACUAUCACUAAGGAGAACUGGAAUUCUUCUGGCUCUGCGCGAUCCGUUCAGUAAAUGUUCCCCACGCAUUUGCACUGCCGCUUGAGAAUGUAAGAAAAGUCAUGGAUCCAUAAUCUGUUGUAGCAUAAGAACAUUUUCAGAAAUUUUGAAAAGGUACAUUUUGAAGAUCUGGCCCACAUUUUGAAUGGACCUAUUGCAUAAUAGUACUCAAAUACUCAGUAAUGCCCAUAUCCCGAAGGAUCUAAUCAUUUGACACGAUAAGACUACAUUUAUUCCAACCAGCCCACAGCAAGCAUGCCCUGACACUUGGAAGUUCUGUGGAAAGAAGCCACCAACCAGGAAAACGGGAAAAAUAACGGAGCAAAGUUCAAACAAAUUCUACCUUCAUUUCUUGGGCUACAUAUUGAUGAAUGUAUGUAUGGACAUUGAUUGUUAUGUAAAUCUC